AUGCCUUAAAUUUAGAAUAAUUUGAACCAGAAAAAUUUGAUUCAGUUACUAAAUUAAUUAUUUAUCAUCCUAAUAGAUAUAUUCGAUUAAAAGAUUUAUAUUUUGGAUUGUAAUCGUUUAUAUAUGAAUUUUUAAUAGGAAUCUAAUUUUGUUAGGAUAUUUAGUUUAAUUAUUGUAAAUAAUACUAUCAUUCGUAAAAAAGGUUAGGCGUAGAGAAAGCUAAGGAAUCGAGCAUAAUUAUCUAUAUUUUAAUAGAAUUUGGUUUAAUUUAGAAUAAAACAGUUAAUACCCAAGUCUGA